ACUAAUUAGCAGCACCCGUUCACAGUUUGUUCUCAUUCAAUGUCUUGCAUUCGUUGGCCUGGUACUAAGGUGAGCAUGCAUGAGAAGAAUGGAUCCGCGCCCUACUAGCAAAAAAUCAGUCCGCGAUCGGAGGCUCGGAAACGGCCCAUCUCCCGUCGGCCGGGGGUGUCAGUGCGAUUGCAAUCGCUUUUUGUUCUUGAUUCUUCCUCUUCAUCUGAACUUUCAUAGCUUCUUGACUAACUCUCAGUAUCUCUAUCAAGCACUUUCAAGAUGCCUGCUACCAAUGGUCUUGCCCCCCCGCUCACGGCCGCCGAAUAUCAAAUCGUCAAGUCUUAUGGCGACUGGACCUGCUUUAUGCAGGCUUAUGGUCUGAAGCCCUGGGACGAGGAUGAUAUCCAGGAAGCACAUGCGAUCGUUCAGACGAUGGCUAGGGAGGAUGAGAGGCAGCAGGAGGGGCGUUAAUUGCCUGUGAAGUUUCAUCAGUAAUGUCCGGUCCAUGCCCCGGCAGCUUCCAGCUCGCUAGCCUGUUUAUAGUGUUAUGAUAUCAAUUCAGCGCAUUCAUCACCUGUGUUGAGCUAUGUAGACGCUUUUCUUCCUUCA